AUGAGCUCAGCCCUGCAGAUGACAGCGUUUGGGCUCACUCUCCUCUCCACUCUCUUCCUGCUCCUGGCCACGUGCACCGACUGCUGGAUGGUCAAUGCUGAUGACAGCUUGGAGGUAAGUCACAAAUGCCGGGGCCUUUGGAGGGAGUGUGUCACCAACAUGCAGGAUGGGGUUAGGACCUGUGAUCAGUAUGACUCCAUCCUGGCUGAUCACCCAGUGAAGAUCGUGGUGACGCGGACUCUGAUGAUCACAGCAGACCUCCUGGCUGGCCUGGCUUUGGCUGCGCUGGUCCUUGGGCUCGACUGCAUCAAGUUCCUCAGGGAAGACCCUCGUGUCAAACUGAGGAUGUGCUACGGGGCCGGAGCCACGCUCGGCGUUGGGAGCAUCCUGGGGCUGGUGGGCUCCGUGUGGUACGCGGUGGACGUGUACGUGGAGAGGGCCACGCUGGUGUCACACAACAUAUUCCUGGGAGUCCACUACGACUUUGGGUGGUCCUGCUGGCUGGGCAUGGCCGGCUCCACCGGCUGCUUUGUGGCAUCGGUGCUGCUGACCUGCUGCCUCUAUGCCUGCACAGGUCAGUCUGCCCCGUCCCAUCCCCUCCCAUCUCCAGGAGCUUUUUGCCCUGCAGGGACGGAGUCGGGAGGGGACUCAGCCCCCAGCAGCCAGUGGCAACCCCAGAUGCAUCCCCAGCCCUGGGGCCGAACAGCCACCAGCAAGAUGUACGCCAUGGACUCCCGGGUGUGA